AUGCCCAAAUGCCACUACACUGAUGAAGACAAGACUGUUCAUUUAUAUCACAACAUGCACACCAGUAAGUGGUGGUGGAACUGCCAGAAAAAGCUUGAUGAGGAGCAUCCUGGCAUAACAGUAAUCCUGGUCAUAAUCUCAUCAGACAAGACCCAAGUGACCAUGUUACACAACAAGACAGCAUACCUGGUAUACAUGACUAUCAGCAAUAUUCUGAAAGAGAUUUGUUGGAAGCCAUCACACCAGGCCCACAUUCUCCUUGCAUACCUCCUGACCACUCACCUCAAAUGUGUCACAAACAAAGCUUCUCAGUGUCACAUGCUUGCAAACCUCUAUCAUGCUUGUAUGGGACAUAUUCUCGCUCCCCUCAGCACUGUUGGAAUUGAAGGGAUCAAUAUGCAAAGUAGUGAUGGAGCCAUGUGA